GAGGUGAGAUGAGUUGGAGCUGGUAAAAAGGUGGUCUCGCAGACCUAAGCAGGGCUCUAUCUUGGGAGAACGGCAGUGGAAUAAGAAGUGGCCAUGUGAAAUUGAGCGUGUCUUCCUCGCAGCCUGACGAAGGAAGAGGAUAUUUUCUGUUUGUACAGCUUGUCAUUAGCGGUCGACGGCCUGAUCAGCCGGUUGACCCGCGUUGCAGCAGCUGCAGCUGGUCGGCUGAACGGUUGCACCGUUAGGACACGUCCGUCAGAGCGCCAGCAUGCUGCGCCGGGAGCUGAUUAUGGUGGAGCCCUACCGGCAGCUCCGCUACCACGGACACCGCAGCAGGGUCGCCUCAGCGUCAGCGGUGGUGGACGCCGGCCCUCCGACUCGGCCCCGUCACGUGGUGGAGCCCGGUCGGCGGCAGGCGGCGCGGCGCCAGCUGCAGUGGCGACACCUGGACGCCGACAUCCGACUGAUGCGCGCCCUCGCUGAGAUCAUGGACUCGAAACGGCUCGACAACGACAAUACCGACUUCGAGAAGUAUCGGCGCCUAUUACAGGGGAGCCGCACACGCAGCGUGGAUCGAAGCACACCUCUACCGCCGCCACCAGAUCCGUACCCAGCCACGGACGACACAGGAAAACCGCUCCGUCUGUGUCAGACGCUGGCUCCGCGGCCGCGGUCUCUCAGCUCACCGGCUCCCUCCCCGCUGGACCAGUGGCCGGAUACGUGGCUGCUGGAGUACCGUCACCAGAAACAGCAGCUCCUCCAGCAGCGGGAGCAGCAGCGACGACAGCAGGCGAAACGGCGCAGACCGCGGCGGCGACACCGCAGCGCACAGCCCGGCACGGCUGGGAGGGAGGCACCCAGUUCCGAACGACAGCAUUCGCGGCCUCGGCCAGUAACUUCAGUGCAAUUAACGAAAACCAAACCUAGUUCGGAAGCGUGGGACGGAGACGAAACGGAAGGCGAUGCCGAAGAGUCAGACGGAGACGCCGACGCCGAAUCGGCCGCCUCUGGCGCCGACAAUCGGUACUUGGGAUUGCGUGGAGGCGAGGUCGGGUUCGGUGGGAUCUUUGGGGGUCUACCCGACCCUGACGCGCGGGACCGUCUGCGCAAACACGGUAUGGUACUGAUGAAGGGAAUGAUCGGAUGUCGCUGUGCCGCCAGACAGGCCACUUGAUGCUGUGAUCCAGCCAGUAGUACAUUUUGUAGGCUUAAA